ACACCAUCUUUCUGUCCCCGUCUCGUAUAAUGCUGUCGGAGUGACGCCGUAGAAGAUAGACUAUGGCGAGUUCGGCUGCCGGCGGCCGCCUCCGGGCGCGGAACCGGGCGGUGCUGUCCCCCAAAACCCUGGCGUCGCCGCCCGACUCCGAUCUCCACACCACUGGGAAGCCCUACUUGCGCCGGCGGGUCAGCAACCCGGCAUUUCCUUCGCCCGCCGGAUCCCGCCCGAGGAAGGGCGGCGGCGCCUCAGGUGGGAGGAGAAGUGGUCCCACCACUCCCCUCCUCCGGUGGAAGUUUGACGACGUGGAUCGUUCAGCUAAGCCCCCGCCGGAGUCCUCCGGAAAGCCCCGCCGGAGGGCUAGGGCUGCCGCUGGAGCGGCGCCACCGCCCGUCUCUGUGAGGAAGAUCGCUGCCGGGAUCUGGCAUUUGUGGGCUCCUCAAGUUAGCGGCGGCGGCGGCGGCGGCGCCUGUUCCUGGCCAUCUACAAGUCUCAUCACUUGGUAAACCUGAUAGCACAAAUCUCCAUAAUACAGCAAAGAAUGAGUUGAUGAGUCCUAUUUCGGUAUUGGAUCUGAAGAAUGGCAAUACGAACAAGCUUAAACCUUCUGCUGCAUUGCCUAGCUCUGCUAUGGAGAGGGCAACUAAAUGGGAUCCUGGGAGCUCAAAAGCAUCAGAUGAGCUCUAUCGGAUCCGCGGUCACUUGAAUAUACUUGAAGACAAUCAGAUGACUACAGUUUCUGUUGUUUCUACCCUCCAGGCAGAGCUCAAGCAGGCCCGUGACCAUAUUAGUGAGCUUGAGACAGAACGACAAUUAGCGAAGAAAAAACUUGAUCAAUUCUUGAGGAAGCUUGCAGAGGAGAAGGCAUUGUGGAGGAGCAGAGAGCAUGAGAAAGUCCGGGCUAUAAUUGAUGGCAUGAAGGAUGACCUCAACAGAGAGAGGAAAAACCGGCAACGGAUGGAGAUUGUGAAUUCCAAGUUGGUCAAUGAACUUGCGGAGGCUAAGUUAUCAGUGAAACGACUCUUGCAAGACUAUGAGAAGGAACGAAAGGCUCGUGAGCUUAUGGAAGAGGUUUGCAAUGAACUGGCAAAAGAGAUCGAAGAAGGCAGAGCUGUCGUUGAAGCUAUGAAAAGGGAAUCCAUGAAGAUCCGAGAGGAAGUGGAAGAGGAGAGGAGGAUGUUACAGAUGGCUGAGGUAUGGCGAGAGGAAAGGGUUCAGAUGAAGCUCAUAGAUGCAAAGAUCACUCUGGAAGAUAAGUAUUCACAGUUAAGCAAGCUACAAAAGGAUAUAGAGUCUUUCCUGAAAGCACAAACUAUUGCAAACUCAGACACUGCAGUGAUAGAAGGAGCAGUUUCACUCCAAAUAAAAGCCAACUCAGUUAUGCUUCAAGAGAUGAAGGGGCUCACUUACCACCCUCCACUUGCUUCGGACGACAUCUGUUCAGUCUUCGAAGAGCACCGCCCGAGAGAAGAAAUCAAUGAAAGAGAGAGAGAACCAUGCUCUGAAUACAGGCCAAACAAUCAUACCUCCAAAAUCCACAUAGCGAAUGCUGAGACUGAUGUGUUCUUAGAAAAAGCAACAAUGCAGUAUGCAAAUGGAGCAAUAGAUAUCAAUGGUGAUAAGGAAGAUGAUAGUGGUUGGGAAACACUGAGUCAUGAUGAGGAGCAGAGCUUAAGAAAUUCACCGGGAGGGAGCGAUCCAUCUGUCAAUGGGAUUUUUGAAGAAAGCAAUGCAUCAUCCACUGGAACAGAAUGGGAGGAGAAUGGCGAUGACGGCAAGCCAAAUAAUGAAAUCAGUGAUGUUCAAAACAGAAGACACUCAAGAAAAGAUGUAUCCUCCAUAUCCAGGGGAUCAGGUGAAGUCGGUCUUAGCCCACCAAGCAUAGGUCACUGGAGCUCCCCUGACUCCCUGAAUCCUCAUUUAUCUCGAAAGAUGAAAGGAUGUAUCGAAUGGCCACGAGGUGUGCACAAGCAUAGCCUGAAGGCAAAGCUUUUGGAGGCAAGGACGGAGAGCCAAAAGAUUCAGCUGCGACAUGUCCUCAAACAAAAAAUUUAGCAUCACCAUCACUGUGGCAUCCAUGCAUCCAACUUAUGGUGAGACCAUCUGAUCACCACAGACUGAAUUCAAGCAACAAAGAACAUAUCUUAUAGCAUCUUUGGUUUUUGAACUUAUGCCAUCCAAGCAGACGAUUCUUUUCUUUAUUGAGGCAGACUUUGUCAAGAUUGCUGAGGUCUCUGAAGACAUCUGCUACCAUGUUUUAUACUGAUGCAAUGCCAUGAUUCUCUGGUGGGAGUCCCUUGGCGCUAUCAACGGCAACUUCAUGGUGUAACCUUAUUGCAUUAGGCAGUUAAUAUGGAGUUUUGUUGAAUUGUAGCAUGUUGUAUAUGUUGUUAAAGUAGAAUAACUAGGUUUCGGAUCAAUACUUAUAAUGCAAUAACACCUUUGUCCCUGUCGAGCCUCUCGACCAGUGGGUUUAAGUUGCA